CACAGCCCCGCGGAACCAGGUUCGCUUCCAUUUUCAAAGGAUCCGGCAGAGAUGGGCAGCAAUGGAGGCGCCGACGGAGCAGGGUUCAACACGGACGCACUGGAGGGCGUGCGCGCCAUCCUGUUGAAACCGUCAGAGUCCCUCGACGAGUCCACCAGGAUCGCCGGCCCCGACUUCAACGACGCCGGCCUCGGCCUUGCCGGGAUGCUCGGGUCGCUCGCCUCCACGGGUUUCCAGGCCUCCCACCUCGGCGACGCCAUCGACGUCGUCAAUCAGAUGCUGGAUUGGAGGCUGUCGCACGAGAAGCCAAGCGAGGACUGUGACGGAGCUGAACUUGAACCCAAGUACAGGGAAUCUGUGAAGUGCAAGAUAUUCCUCGGUUUCACUUCAAACCUUGUGUCUUCUGGCAUACGGGAUGUGAUACGGUUUCUGGUUCAACAUCAUAUGGUGGAUGUUAUUGUUACGAGUGCUGGGGGUAUAGAGGAAGAUCUCAUUAAAUGCCUUGGACCAACAUACCGAGGUGAUUUUUCUUUACGAGGAGCAUUGUUGCGGUCGAAAGGACUAAACCGGAUUGGAAAUCUCUUGCUGCCCAAUGAUAACUAUUGCAAGUUCGAGAAAUGGAUCAUGCCAGUCCUUGACCAGAUGCUACUAGAACAAUCAACUAAGAAUGUCUGGACACCAUCAAAGGUGAUUGGUCGUCUUGGUAAAGAAAUAAAUGAUGAAAGCUCCUACCUUUAUUGGGCACACAAGAACAAUAUUCCUGUAUAUUGCCCCGCAUUGACUGAUGGAUCAAUUGGAGACAUGUUGUUUUGCCAUGCCGUUCACAAUCCUGGUCUUAUUAUCGACAUUGUACAAGAUGUAAGGUUGAUCAAUGAUGAAGCUAUUCAUGCUACCCCAAGGAAGACAGGGGUUAUAAUUCUUGGAGGAGGCCUCCCAAAGCAUCAUAUAUGCAAUGCAAAUAUGCUCCGCAAUGGUGCGGAUUAUGCCGUCUAUAUCAACACGGCUCAAGAGUUUGAUGGUAGUGAUUCAGGAGCACAUCCAGAUGAAGCAGUUUCAUGGGGAAAGAUUAAGGGUUCAGCACAACCUGUAAAGGUUCAUUGCGAUGCGACUAUCGCUUUUCCAUUACUUGUUGCUGCAACAUUUGCACGUACGUUUCAUGGUGUGAAUUGAACCAAAUGGCAUUGAAAUAAGGAACCUUGAAUUGUUUUAUUAUUGAUUCCAACACCAUUGUUCUGUACUCUUACUUAUUCCUUUUGUUCAUUGUCACACGAGGUUCCAUCUGUAUGUUUGAAUGAGACUGUACAUGGUGGCCAACAUAAUAAUUUUCCAUGUGUGUUCUUGUUUA